UUACAAUUCCACACACUCUAUAAUUCAUUGGUUUCUCUCUCUAGAAUUCAUUCAACCACACUUUUUUCUCUCUCUACCUUCGCUUUCGUCGUUUUAUAUACAUAUAUUAUAAGUAUAUUUGUGGAUAUAUAUAUCAUAGGUUGUAUCGACAUCUUAUGUAUCCAUCCGAAUCAAUCGUUUUCGAGUAAAAAUGGAGUUGCAGGAAGCGAUUUGCUUCCAGUUUUCGUCGCUUUUGUUAUCGAUCUCACUAUAAGUCUGGAUCUGACUGAAGAUCUGUGUUUAAAGCUUGUUUGUUGCUUGUUUAGCUCUUGAAGAUAUUAUAUUCUAUCGUGGGAUUGAAGUGAAGACAGAUUAUAAAGCUAACAAAAUGGUCAUGAGUCCGCUAACUGUGGAGACAGAAGAUUCUUUUUCGAGUUUACUUGAAUACGCUGCUAACAAUGAUGUUGAGGGGUUCAAACGGUUGAUUGAGAAGGACCCUUCAUCGAUUGAUGAAGUUGGACUGUGGUAUGUGCGAAAGAAGGGUUCAAAACAGAUAGUUCUUGAGCAUCGGACUCCGUUAAUGGUUGCUUCUACUUACGGAAGCAUGAGUGUUUUGAAAUUGAUUGUUUCACAACCUAAAGUGGAUGUGAACUUCGCUUGUGGCCCGGAUAAGUGCACCGCUUUACACUGUGCGGCUUCUGGUGGUUCUGUUGAUGCUGUUGAAGUGGUUAAGUUGCUUCUUUCUGUGGGUGCAGAUCCCAAUAUUGAAGAUGUUAAUGGACAUCGGCCUGUUGAUGUGAUUGUUGUUUCUCCAAAGCCGUCUGGUGUUCGUUCUUCUCUUGAAGAACUUCUUGCGAAUAACGUGAAUGCUUCAUCUGAUGGAUCGGUUAUUGACUGCAAGCUGACUGUAUCUGUGACCACUUCAAGUUCAUGGUCCCCAACCCUAUCAUCUUCUCCGGAUGACCGUUCACCUUGUUCCCCAUCAGAUUUGGUAUCUUCUCCAACACUGUCGAAAUUUAACGACAUUCCUGUGAACUCUUGUUCGGAGAAGAAAGAAUACCCGAUCGAUCCGUCUCUCCCCGACAUUAAAAACAGCAUAUAUUCUACUGACGAGUUCCGUAUGUUUUCGUUCAAGGUUCGACCUUGUUCAAGGGCUUAUUCUCAUGAUUGGACCGAGUGCCCUUUCGUUCACCCUGGCGAAAAUGCACGCAGGCGUGACCCGCGAAAGUAUCAUUACAGCUGCGUACCGUGCCCUGAUUUUCGGAAAGGUGCGUGUAGAAGAGGGGAUAUGUGUGAGUAUGCUCAUGGUGUGUUCGAGUGUUGGCUACACCCGGCUCAGUACCGUACACGGUUAUGUAAAGAUGGCACAAGCUGUGCUAGGCGUGUUUGUUUUUUCGCCCAUCUUCCCGAGGAGCUUAGGCCGCUUUACGUCUCAACUGGGUCUGCUGUCCCGUCUCCUAGGUCUUCUGCUGCUGGUGUUAUGGACAUGGCUGCAGCCAUGAAUCUUUUACCUGGUUCACCCAUGUCUCCCGGGUUCAGUCAACAGAUGUCACCAUCAGGAAACGGUGGUCAACACUCUUCAGUUGCAUGGCCCCAGCCGAAUGUCCCGACACUUCAUCUUCCAGGAAGUAAUCUACAAUCGAGUCGGCUUAGAUCUUCUCUUAGCGCCAGGGAUAUCCCAUUAGAGGAUUUGAGCUUGUUGCAGGAUUAUGAAUCUCAACAACUGCUAAACGACUUUGCCUGUUAUUCACAAACUCGACCUGGUUCACUCUCGUUGAACCGUUCAGCUCGGUCUAAAACACUCACUCCUGCAAAUCUUGAAGAUCUGUUUGCAGCGGAGCUUGCUUCUUCUCCAAGAUAUUCAGACUCGGCAGCAUCUCCUGGCGUCUUUUCACCAUCACACAAAUCAGCGGUUCUCAACCAAUUCCAACAGCAGCAAAGCAUGCUUUCUCCUAUCAAUACCAACGUGUUUUCACCGAAAAACGUUGACCAUAUGUUGCAAGCUUCUUUUGGCGUUUCAUCACCGGGGAGAAUGUCGCCACGAAGCAUGGAUCCGAUAUCUCCAAUGGGUGCUCGGCUUUCCGCUUUUGCACAACGUGAAAAACAUCAACAGUUACGGAGUCUCAGUUCUAGGGAUCUUGGAGCAAAUUUUGGUACAAACAGUCCUUUUAGUGUCGGAUCACCUGUGAAUAACAACACUUCGUCUUCUUGGUCAAAAUGGGGAUCUCCAACUGGGAAAGCUGACUGGUCGGUCAACGGAGACGGGUUUGGUAAACUGAAAAGGUCGUCUUCUUUUGAGCACCUCAACAACAAUAACAGCAACGGUGCUGAGGAACCGGACCUAUCAUGGGUGCAAUCGCUUGUGAAAGAAUCACCACCCGAGAUGAUGAAAAACAAGGCGGCUGCACCACCUUUGGGUAGUGUGGCUGCACCAUCCGGUGAGGGUCGUCCACAGGUCGAAUCAAGUGAUCAUUCAGUAUUAGGGGCUUGGCUCGAGCAGAUGCAACUCGAUCAUCAGCUUGUAGCCUAAGCAAAGAGAUGAAUUCAUAUUCAUUUUCAUCACUUACAUGUCUUGACAAAAACAAAACUCAUUUUCUAGAUAUAAAAGUAUAUAUUCUUUGGCGGUGUUGGUGGCGGCAUUGGUUGGUAUUAUAACAGCAAGGCAGGCAGGCUGAAGGAUGUUGAAAUUUUAUAUUCUUUUGGAUUCAAAGCUGGUUCUAUAAUGGCAGGCAGGCAGCAGGAUGAAGAAAUGAAGCAAAGUACUCUCUGCUUGGGUAUUUUUUCUACCUUCUGCAACUGUUUUUCAUAUUUCUAGCAUUUGUUUACAAUUUUUAUAUGUUGGAAACAAUUUUCAAUUUCUUUAAUAUUUACUUUUGGCUAAACCAAUGUACUGAUCCAGGGGAGGGAUAGCAAAUUGUGCUGCUACUUAGUUUGUGACACUUUUGGUCACAAAUUAUCCCCUUUUUAUCAUGUAAAACAUAUAUUAUUUUGUUCCUUCUAUUCAUAUGUUGUUUCGGCUUA